GUCUCUUUAACAAACCGCUAAUUAGCCGCAUUUGCAUUCGCGCGUGAAUUUUAAAGGCUAGCAAUAAGAAUUGUUUGUGGUUGUCCGAGCUUUCAUUCACAGAGCAGGCCGCCUGCUGCAGGUUCACUGCUCUUUGUUACACGGCCAACGCUAGCUCGGUGUUAGCCCAACUCGUGCAAAAUAAAAUCGCGAAUAGAAGAUUUGCCUCGAAGUGGGACACCUCCUCGCGCGCGGCCCGCGGCACGUGUGUUGCUGUGUGUGCGUGUUGUGUGUCUGCGAGGAGUGCUUGCUGUCAGAUCCAUUUCCAAGAUGAAGCGAGGAAAGAAGGCGGAGGAGGCGGUGGCUGCAGACGGCGAGAAUGACUCCGGCUCUGCUUCUGCCAAGAAGACAAAGAAGACCAAGGAACCUGAGGCCCCCAUUCUGUACGAGGACCCCCCCGAUAAAAUGACCAGCAAAGAUGGCCGCAGCGCCAACAUGAAGAUUACGUCCUGGAACGUGGACGGGCUGAGGGCGUGGGUGAAGAAAGGAGGCCUGGAUUGGGUGCGUGAGGAGGCCCCGGACGUCUUGUGCCUCCAGGAGACCAAGUGUGCAGAGAAGGACCUCCCUGCUGAUAUCACCUCCAUGCCAGAGUACCCACACAAGUACUGGGCUGUAUCCGAUGAUAAGGAGGGGUACAGCGGCGUGGCCAUGCUGUGUAAGACCGAGCCAGUCAAAGUCACCUAUGGCAUCGGCAAAGAGGAGCAUGACAAAGAGGGCCGCGUCAUCACCGCCGAGUUCCCCUCCUUCUUCCUGGUGACGGCAUACGUUCCCAACGCCAGCAGAGGCCUGGUCCGCUUGGAUUACCGCAAAACCUGGGACGUGGACUUUCGGGCCUAUCUGACGGAGCUGGACGUACAGAAACCGUUGGUGCUGUGCGGCGACCUCAACGUGGCCCACCAGGAGAUCGACCUGAAGAACCCCAAAGGGAACAAGAAGAACGCAGGGUUCACGCCAGAGGAGCGCGAAGGCUUCAGCCAGCUGCUGGCGGCCGGCUUCGUGGACAGCUUCCGCGAGCUCUACCCCGAGCAGGCCAACGCCUACACCUUCUGGACCUACAUGAUGAACUCCCGCGCCAAGAACGUGGGCUGGAGGCUCGACUACUUCGUGCUGUCCUCCUCGCUGGUGCCAGGCCUGUGCGACAGCAAGAUCCGUAACAAAGCCUUGGGCAGCGACCACUGUCCCAUCACUCUGCACCUGGCAGUGUAGACGGUGGUCGUUUAAGCCCGAGUCUGCCCCGCCUCAGGAAGGAGAUCCUUCUAUUAAACUUAGUUGUGGUUCUGUACUACUGUCUCAUCUUCUUGUCCCUCUUGUUUUCAUCCUGACUGGAUCCUGGGAGGUGCUGUAAAUUCUGCAAACACUAAAAACGGUGUCUAAGCUUGCCUUUAACAGGUGUUUCUCCUUGUUUGAUCUCGAUCUGUAAAGCUCCUCCUCCUACCAGAUGUUAGAUGUUGUUCUCAGAUUUGACAAUAAAAGCGGAUCAGACUUGA